CUUGUGCGCGUGUGUGAGUGUGUGCUCGUGUGUGUCACCACUCGUGUGAACCGCCGCUGUGAGGACCCGCCCCGCGGAGCUCCGUGUGGGGACCGACUCGCUCCGCUCCCAGACGCCGGGGAUCAGCUCUCCUCUCCGGGCUCAUGUCGUCCUUCGUCUCCACCCUCGUCUUCCUCUGCAGCCUGGCAGCUGGCACAGGAUCAGAGCCCAUGUGUAAUGAUUGGGGGGAGUCCAGUGAUGGGACAGUCUCUGUCCUGGAGGGGGAGGCCGCUUGGCUCUCUUGUCCUCUUUUCUCUCAUCCCUCCGUCUACAACUACACGUCCACCCAGAGCGCAGGACACAACCUGGUCUGGUACCGCGACCCCGAAGGUCACGACCUGGAGCAGCCAAUCACGUACAGCUCCCGUCUCACCCGGGGCAGAGAGAGGCUGUGGCUGCAGCCGGCCUCCUCAGAGGACAGUGGACUCUACAUCUGCAUGCUGCGUAACAAGUCGUCCUGCAGUAAGAUGGCCGUGCGUCUCAAGGUGCUGCGGCGUGCGGACCUGGUCCAACCCUCUGACUGCCGGCCCCCGGUGGCCGCCCCCCCGAGCAGCCUGGAGCUCCCCCAGGGGGAGGGCGCGACCCUGGACUGUCCCGACCUGCAGGAGGUCAGCAAGAUGGCCGACAGCGUUCCCAACGUCACCUGGUACCACGUGACUCUAUACGGCUCGUGCUACCAGGCUCCCUUCUGGCACCACGACCGGGAACUGGACGGAUCCAGUCUGAGGUUCUUCAACAUGUUUGAUAUAUUCGAGGGUUUAUAUCUCUGCACCGUCAGCUACCGGAGGAAAGGCGAGCCGCUGAACUUCAGCAGGAGCAUCGACGUCACCACCGUCCAUCCGACUAACCUGUCCAAGUAUCCGAACAUCAUGCAGCCGCACACGGGGCGUGUCUUCUCCGUCCGCCUGGGUACGGAGGCGCGUCUGCAGUGUGAAGGUCUGUUCCCGCACCUGAAGUCCGAGUGGGACAUCUGGUGGACGGUGGACGGGAUGACGCUGGACCAGCUGGCCGACCCGCGCUUCUAUAACAUCAACAGCCAUGUGAGAACCUACAAGGGGGACCGGACGGAGGAGAGCCUGCUGGUGAUUCAGGACUUUGGCUCCAAGGACCUGAACCGAAGCUACACCUGCUCUGUGAAGAACUCCAGAGGCUCGGAGACGCGCCGGGCGGAGCUGAAGGUCGAGGAGUCAGUGUCGUUGCCGUCCGUGGAGCUGGGUUGUGGUCUGGGCGUGACCCUGGUCCUCAUGCUGCUCCUCUUCGUGGUCUAUCACGUCUUCUGGCUGGAGCUGCUGCUCCUCUACCGCUCGUGGUUCGGCAGCGACGAGCGCCACACGGAUGAUAAAGAAUACGAUGUGUACAUCUCCUAUGCUCGGGACACUGAGGACGAGACGUUUGUUCUGUCGACGCUUCGCACGGUUCUGGAAAACGAACUCGGUUACUCCGUGUGUAUAUUUGACCGAGACAGUCUGCCGGGGGGGACCAUCACAGACGAGACUCUGAGCUUCGUGGCUCGCAGCCGGCGCGUCCUGGUGGUCGUGAGCCCGGGCUACGCCACGCAGGGGUCGCAGGCCCUGCUGGAGCUGAAGGCCGGGAUCGACGGCAUGGCGCUGAGCGGAGACCUGAAGGUCAUCCUGGUCCAGUUCAAACCGGUUCGGUGGCAGGGCUGGGUCCGCGAGCUGAGGCGAGCCCGGGUGGCUCUGGCCCUGGUCCAAUGGCAGGGAGACAAAUCCAGCGAGCUGACGUCUCGCUUCUGGAAGCGUCUGAGGGUGGAGCUUCCUGUGAGGAGGGUGGGCCGCAGGGCGGAGGAGGAGGAGGAGGAGGGGGGGGGGUACAGCAAGGAGCUGCUGAGGCUGCAGAGUCAGAUCAGCACCAACUCACAGACCGGCCUCCUCACGGACAGCAGGACCCCGAAGAAAGUCUUCAGCUGUGCAGUGUGACUCCGCCCCUUUCAGUCAUGUGUUCAGAACCUGUGACGGAGCUUCGCCCCUUUCAGUUAGGUGUUCAGAACCUGUGACGGAGCUCCGCCCCUUUCAGUCACGUGUUCAGAACAUGUGACGGAGCUCCGCCCCUUUCAGUCACGUGUUCAGAACAUGUGACGGAGCUCCGCCCCUUUCAGUCAAGUGUUCAGAACGUGUGACGGAGCUCCGCCCCUUUCAGUCACGUGUUCAGAACAUGUGACGGAGCUCCGCCCCUUUAAGUCACGUGUUCAGAACAUGUGACGGAGCUCCGCCCCUUUAAGUCACGUGUUCAGAACAUGUGACGGAGCUCUGCCCCUUUCAGUCACGUGUUCAGAACAUGUGACGGAGCUCCGCCCCUUUCAGUCACGUGUUCAGAACAUGUGACGGAGCUCCGCCCCUUUAAGUCACGUGUUCAGAACAUGUGACGGAGCUCCGCCCCUUUAAGUCACGUGUUCAGAACAUGUCGGCAGUCGCAGAUAAACAUGGAAAGAAUAUUUUAGGAUUAAUUUCUCUUAAUCUGGUUCUGAUUCCUCUCAGUCGUCCGUCUUACAAAUCGUCUGAUUGAUGAAACUCAGUCUGAUUCUGAACUUUGGCCUGAGGGUGGCGCCAGAGGGAAGACCGAGGAUAAAGAUAGAAAUUAAAAAUCGAUAUUUGAUAAAGAUCGAGUCCAGCAGCUGCUGAUGUGACGGAGCUCCGCCCCUUUCAGUCAAUUUCAGUCUGAUAAACGAAUGCACUGCAACUUUCACGUCAGAAGAUUAAUUAUUUCAAUUGAAUGUUUUGUGAUCGUUACUUUCAACGUUGUUAUUACUCUGCACUUUCUGCGUUUUUCUUUAAAUUUUUUUAUCACUUUAAAAACAGUAUUUAAACUUGAGACUGCAUCCUGAACUUUGUCAGUUUUUUUAAUAAAUGGUAAAAAAUCA